AUGUUUGGAAGUAUAAGCUCUUCUCCAGUCCCACCUCUGAGCCCCACCUCACCAGACCCUCCACAGACCAGGGGCUCCUCCCAGAACCUCUUCCCCAGCUCACCUCCACCCUGCUGGGUUACCCAAGCACGCUGCGACCUGGCCCAAGCGGAAACCGAAUUACGUCGUCAACAAGACCGCUACAAGGCCGAAAUCGACUCUGUGAAACGUGGAGUUGAUCGGGCAAUACUGGGAGUGCGUAGGGAAGAGCGCCGACUAGUGGAGAGAGUAGAGCAAGACCACAGAGACACCCAACGUCAUCUCGAACAAGUACAGCGCGAAAAUUUAGCCGCAAUACGAGUUAGCCAAAGUUUGCUAGAAGAGCGGCUACGCAAGUUAGCGAAACUCCAGCAGCAGAUUCAGGAUGGUGGACAAAGUAGAAAAGAGAAAGGUCAACCCGCCCUAAGAGAAAUGGAGGAAGAUGAAUUGAGAAUGAGUUUUGGGAGAUUUGAAGAGGUUGGAAUACAUUUGGUGAGGCAGUUUGGGAAGCAGGGAUCUGGGAGGUCCGAUAUGACAUUACCUAGUGGAAUCCAUGCCACUCCACAAGGGCAGCUGUUUAUCGUGGACUGUGGAAACUCACGCAUUCAGGUGACAGACUCCCGCGGCAACGUCCUUCAGCAGAUCGGCUCCUCUUCUCCCUCAGCCUCUCGUAAAUGCAGAAACUACUUUGACAUCGCUGUGAACUCCAAAGGGCUCAUCGCUCUGAGCUGUGCAGCCGAACGCGCCCUACUUGUAUACAAUCGCCAUGGACGUAUGCUCCAAACCUACGGCGGCGUCAACCAAAACUCAAGCAAAGACGAUUUAGAAGCUCCUCGCGGGGUUACCGUCACACGAUCAGAUGAAUUUCUGGUUGCGGACAUUCGUAAAGGGACUCUUGUAGCGUUAAAACUCGAACCAAAAACUGCAUGUCGUAUUGAGAGAACAGUAGUGACAGGUUUUCACAGGCCAUAUUUAGUAGCAGCUUGUUUGAUUUCAGGAUUAGUUGCGGUUUCGGAAAGAGGGAGUGAAACAGGAAGAGUACCAUGUGUCAAAAUUUUAGCACCAGAUUGGAAUACAAUACGGAUUUUGGGCGUAUGUGCAGGUAUGGGUCCAGUGCUGCUUUCUCCAUGGGGAAUUAGCAUAGAUAGAGAUGGAAAUGUGCUAGUAGCAGACUGGGCAGAUCAGGGACAUAGGAUUGUGUUGUAUCCGAGCAGAGGAGUGGGACAACCCAUUAUAACAGAAGGGCUAAGCAGUCCUAGAGGUUUAACCAUACUACCGGAAGGGCAUCUGGCUGUUUCUGACAGCAUGCACCACUGUGUGAAGAUAUUUCGGUACAAGAAUAAUCAAGAUUGA